GCGGCGCGGUCUCGGCUGGCGGCAGAAGCGGCCGCGGCGGGUCUGGGCUGGGUCGGGAGCGCGGCUCGAGCUGAACGGGAAGGGGUCGGAGUCGCAGCCCGGCCGGCGUGGCGUGCUCAGUGGGACCCGAGGCGAGCGGCGGCCGAGGUCUGCCUGCAGGUUUUGAGCAUCUGAUCCCUGAACUGGAGUGUCUGCUGCCACCCCCUCGUCCUCUGCAGAAAUGUCUGUCACCUACGAUGAUUCUGUGGGAGUGGAAGUGUCCAGCGACAGCUUCUGGGAGGUUGGGAACUAUAAACGGACUGUGAAGCGGGUUGAUGAUGGCCACCGCCUGUGUGGUGACCUCAUGAACUGUUUGCACGAGCGGGCACGCAUCGAGAAGGCAUAUGCACAGCAGCUCACUGAGUGGGCCCGACGAUGGAGGCAGCUUGUAGAGAAGGGACCACAGUAUGGAACCGUGGAGAAAGCCUGGAUGGCUGUCAUGUCUGAAGCAGAGAGGGUGAGUGAGCUACACCUGGAAGUGAAGGCAUCACUGAUGAAUGAAGACUUUGAGAAGAUCAAGAACUGGCAGAAGGAAGCCUUUCACAAGCAGAUGAUGGGAGGCUUCAAGGAGACCAAGGAAGCAGAGGAUGGCUUUCGAAAGGCCCAGAAGCCCUGGGCCAAGAAGCUGAAAGAGGUGGAAGCAGCAAAGAAAGCACACCACACAGCAUGCAAAGAGGAGAAGCUGGCCAUCUCUCGGGAAGCCAACAGCAAAGCAGAUCCAUCCCUCAACCCUGAGCAGCUGAAGAAACUGCAAGACAAGAUAGAAAAAUGCAAGCAGGAUGUUCUAAAGACCAAGGACAAGUAUGAGAAGGCCCUGAAGGAGCUUGAUCAGACCACACCGCAGUACAUGGAGAACAUGGAGCAGGUGUUCGAGCAGUGCCAGCAGUUUGAGGAGAAGCGCCUGCGCUUCUUCCGAGACGUUCUGCUGGAGGUUCAGAAGCAUUUGGACCUGUCCAAUGUGGCUAGCUACAAAACCAUUUACCGAGAGCUGGAGCAGAGCAUCAAAGCAGCUGAUGCGGUAGAGGACCUGAGGUGGUUCCGGGUUAACCAUGGGCCAGGCAUGGCUAUGAACUGGCCACAGUUUGAGGAGUGGUCUGCAGAUCUGAAUCGAACUCUCAGCCGGAGAGAGAAGAAGAAGGCUGCUGAUGGUGUUACCCUAACAGGAAUCAACCAGACAGGUGACCAGUCUGGACAGAACAAGCCUGGCAGCAACCUUAGUGUCCCGAGCAACCCCGCCCAGUCCACGCAGUUACAGUCCAGCUACAACCCCUUCGAGGAUGAGGACGACACGGGCAGCAGCGUCAGUGAGAAGGAGGACAUUAAGGCCAAAAAUGUCAGCAGCUAUGAGAAGACUCAGAAUUACCCUACUGACUGGUCUGACGAUGAGUCUAACAACCCUUUCUCUUCCACGGAUGCCAAUGGGGACUCCAACCCAUUUGAUGAGGACACUACCUCAGGAACGGAAGUGCGAGUUCGCGCCCUCUAUGACUAUGAGGGGCAGGAACAUGAUGAGCUGAGCUUCAAGGCUGGGGAUGAGCUGACCAAGAUAGAGGAUGAAGAUGAACAGGGUUGGUGCAAGGGGCGUUUAGACAGCGGCCAGGUUGGCCUAUACCCAGCCAACUAUGUUGAGGCUAUCCAGUGACAGUUCAUGGGCAGGCUGGCGGAGAGAUGGAAAUGGGCAGUUGAGGAGCUCCGUUAGCCUUGGCCUGGGCAGUGACACCUCUAGUGCCCCCAGCAGCCAUGUAGGCAUCUAUUCCACCUGCAAAAGACAAUGGUUCUGUUGUUGUUGGCUUCCUGGUGUACUUUGAAGGCAGAUGAGCUGGUGACUUCCUUGGGCACUUGGCCCCUUUCUAAGCAGAUCUGGGCAGAUCUAGGCACAGGAAGGAUACGGUCCAACAGCGAGAGCCAGGCCCCUCCCCACCCCCACCAGCUCUCUCUAUCAUGGAUCUGCACCUUCUUGCCCUUGUCUCUCCUGAGUCAAUGACGGAGCACACUGAUUCUUGUUCCAUUGAUUAUUUUCUCUGAUGAGGCCCUACCUGGAAGUUCAGUGAACAGACUUACAUGCCAUUUUCUGAGUAAAGAGCUUGAGGUUUUAAUUUAAAGGCAAUGUACAGUUAUACUUUUUUAUAUGCUCUUCCAGUCAGUUAAAUUAUGGCCUACACUGAUCUGAGAUGUUCUCCAUGUGGGCUGUCUUCAUUUCUCUGUGCUGUGUCCAGAUGUGGGGUUGCUGCAGCAGGGGAUCCAUGGCCAGUGCCAUUGCAGGGGUAACCUUGUGCAGCGCCCCAAUACUUCCGUGUUUAGAGACUAUUUUCACUCUGUCCCUGCUUCAAUUUUUGCAGAUUAACAGUUUUAUUAGGGAUUUGGAAAGUUAACAGUAAGAAGACUAACUUUUCAAAACAGCUGCCUCUGUAGACUAAGAUGCUUUACAUUAUACCAUUGUGUCUCGAUGUAUAUCUGUAUAUAUUAUUUGAUAUUCAGAGAAUCUAUAGAGUUCACCCACUGUUGAAUGAGAGCUCGUGGCUUCUGACAGCAGAUCUGGUCAACUGCUUGAAGCCCAUGGCAUUGAAGCACAGGCCUGGCUGGCUAACAGCCCUACCCAGUUAAGAUGUGGCUCUGGCCUCUGAAUGGAGCUGCUGAGAAGACUGAUUCUCAUUGGCCAGGGCUCCAAGCUCCAUGACAGAGCACUGGAAAAGCUCCUAGGACUUUGUAGUCGUCACAGGCUUCACAGUCCCUGUGCCACUCACUGGAGAGUUGGAGGGGUUCCACUCCCCCCCUUCACACACACAUAAGUUCCUCCAAUUGCCCUUGUCCUCAGGUGCAGUGGGAUUGAUUGUUGUGAGCCCCAAGAAUGGGCACAAAGAGGACUUUAUUUUGUUAACUCGGACAGUGUGCAAUGGUGCACAUCAGCAACUUGUAUUUCUUCAGCGUUUGGCAUGAGCACUGUUUCGUAGUGCCUGUGUGUCAUGAGAUCUUACCAGCAGAAAUCCUGUUCCUAAGCUACAGAAUGACCAAAAGCUGUAAAGUCCUUAAUGUUUAGAAACUCCUUUAAAUGUAUAGUAUUUUAGAACAACAACAAAACUCAAUAAACAGUUGAUCCUGAG